GAUGUCAUCCUGAGCAGCUGGGCGGCGGGCGCUGGUGAGCGCAGAGCCCGGGCUCCCUGUGCGCCGCGCUGCGCCGCGCGGGGUCCGAGUCCCCGACAUCUGCGGAGGAGCGUGGCGACCUUACCAGACCGGAGCCCAGCUGGCGCCCGUCCCCGACCCGGGGCUGAGUUGGGGGCAUGCCCCAGCGCCCCCGGAGGCCGGGAGGGAACCCAGGAGCGCCGCCGCCCAGCCCCAGCGCCCCGAGCGGCCGAACUGCUGCGGAGGAGCCCUAAACCGCCGCCCCCUCCCCGGGAGCAGCCCUGGGGGUCAGGGACCCAAAGUCUGGGUUUCUGAGAAAGCCACAGUGGGAACCCCAGCUCCACUCUUCUGGAACCCCAGGAAGGACCCGAGGCCUGAGCCAUCUCCUUUCCACCCUGCCUGCCCCCCAGGACUGGGCAGUUGCCAAAGGCCCUGGGGGGGGGCCCAGGACUGUGGUUGUGCCCCCCCCCAACGGACAGGAUGGGGCCGAGUUAGUCCACCCAGCCUCACCCAGCGUUCUCCAGGCCCGCAGGGAACCCCAGGGGCUCUGAAAGCUUGACUUGCUGCCUGCCCGCCAUGGAGACGAAGCUGCCCCCUGCGAGCACCCCCACCAGUCCCUCCUCCCCGGGGCUGUCGCCCGUGCCACCACCGGACAAGGUGGACGGCUUCUCCCGCCGGUCCCUCCGCAGGGCCCGACCCCGGCGCUCCCACAGCUCCUCUCAGUUUCGCUAUCAGAGCAACCAGCAAGAACUCACUCCACUGCCCCUGCUCAAAGAUGUGCCAGCCUCCGAGCUGCAUGAGCUGCUGAGCCGUAAGCUGGCCCAGUGUGGCGUGAUGUUUGACUUCCUGGACUGUGUGGCCGACCUGAAGGGGAAGGAGGUGAAGCGGGCAGCACUCAACGAGCUGGUGGAGUGUGUGGGAAGCACCCGGGGCGUCCUCAUCGAGCCUGUCUAUCCGGACGUCAUCCGCAUGAUCUCAGUGAAUAUCUUCCGGACCCUGCCCCCCAGUGAGAACCCGGAAUUUGACCCUGAAGAGGAUGAGCCGAACCUGGAGCCUUCGUGGCCACAUCUGCAGCUGGUAUAUGAGUUUUUCCUGCGUUUCUUGGAAAGCCCAGACUUCCAGCCCUCUGUGGCCAAGAGAUACGUGGAUCAAAAGUUUGUCCUGAUGCUCCUGGAGCUGUUUGAUAGUGAGGAUCCCCGAGAGCGAGAGUACCUUAAGACCAUCUUGCACCGGGUCUACGGCAAGUUCCUGGGUCUCCGGGCCUACAUCCGAAAACAGUGCAACCACAUUUUCCUUCGGUUCAUCUAUGAACUUGAGCAUUUCAAUGGCGUGGCGGAGCUGCUGGAGAUCCUAGGAAGCAUCAUCAAUGGCUUUGCGCUGCCCCUGAAGACUGAGCACAAGCAGUUCCUGGUUCGCGUCCUGAUCCCGCUGCAUUCUGUCAAGUCGCUGUCUGUCUUUCACGCCCAGCUGGCAUACUGUGUGGUACAGUUCCUGGAGAAGGAUGCCACCUUGACAGAGCAUGUGAUCCGGGGGCUGCUCAAAUAUUGGCCAAAAACCUGCACCCAGAAGGAGGUGAUGUUUCUUGGGGAGAUGGAAGAGAUUCUUGAUGUCAUCGAGCCUUCCCAGUUUGUAAAGAUCCAAGAGCCCCUGUUUAAGCAGGUGGCUCGCUGUGUUUCCAGCCCCCACUUCCAGGUUGCAGAGCGGGCUCUGUACUUCUGGAACAAUGAGUAUAUCCUGAGCCUCAUUGAGGACAACUGCCACACUGUGUUGCCUGCUGUGUUUGGGACCCUCUACCAAGUCUCCAAGGAGCACUGGAAUCAAACCAUCGUCUCUCUGAUCUACAACGUGCUCAAGACCUUCAUGGAGAUGAAUGGGAAGCUGUUUGAUGAGCUCACGGCCUCCUACAAGCUGGAAAAGCAGCAGCCCUUCUGUGCCAGUUUCCCACUGCAUCCUCCAGCCAGGGACUGUCUCCAUCCUUUAGUUCUCCAGGGACUGCCCUGCUGUGACUCCCUGUGGCUUCCUCCCCGACAGCCAGGCCAGCUCCUGUGCUGCUUGUGUGCAGGGAGCAGCAGAAGGCCCGGGAGCGCCAGGAGCUGUGGCAAGGAUUGGAGGAGCUGCGGCUGCGCCGACUACAGGGGACCCAGGGAGCCAGGGAGGCCCCACUGCACCGGCUCACACCGCAGGUGGCCACCAGUGGGGGUCAGAGCUAGAGCCCCUGGAAGGGGAGAAGCGAAGCCCAGAGCUUUUAGUCCCUCCAUCCCUUCUCCUGCCCAGGGGCCCAAGAGGCACACAUCUGGCCCUGGCCUUGCCAGCGUGGGCCCUGAGGACUCCCUGGCCAGCCCAGUGUGGGCAGCUUGCACUGGGGAGACGAGAAGACGAGAUGGUGGUCUUGGCAGCAGAACUCUCAGGCCCUUGUGGCAAGACUUGACCAGGGCAGGCUGGACCGGGAAGUGGCCAUCAGGGCUCUGGCCUGUCCAUAGUGCUGGGCUCUGGGGCGGACAGGCUUCCACCCCUGCUCCUGCCUGGGGCUGGGGCGCGCAGCACCUCACCUGCCCUGCCUUGGGCGGGCACCAUGUCCUUCCUCAUCCCACUGUGGGGCCUGGGGUCUAUUUAUUCUGCCCAGCUCACCUGCAACACAGACACUGUCCUGGCCCUGGGGCGUCCUCCUCCCCUCCACUCCCUCGCCCUGUCCUUCCUUGUCCCCUUUUUAUUUAUUGGGCAGAGGGAGGGGUGAGGGCACAGGCAAGAAGAGAGUCACAGUGUCCUGGGGCGAGGGGGGGCACAGUAAUCACAGUCUAUCCUCUUCUCCUGCCUGGGGAUAGACUUAAUAAAGAGAGAAACUCAAGAGCCGCUUGCUUUAUUUAG